AUGCAGGUCAUGCUGCUCCCUGUCUGGUUCCGGGUCUUGCUUCUGCUGGACCCGGGUCUCACAGCACCUGCACUUGUUCUGGAGGGAGGGAGCACGCCUUCGCCUGAGCCACAGCUGGACCUGCAGCUGGCCACAGACUACCUCCAUCAGUACUACAACCUGCAGACGGAUCCUUCGGGCCGCAUGAGGAGGAGCGGGCUCUCCUUCACCUCCAAAGUGAAAGACAUGCAGGCUUUCUUUGGGCUUAAUGAAACAGGAGUGCUGGACUCCGACACCCUGGAGGUGAUGAGGAGUCCUCGAUGUGGUGUUCCAGAUGUGGAGGACUUCAGUCAGGUCCAGGGGACGCGCUGGAACAAGAACAUCUUGUCUUACAGCAUCGGCAGAUACACCAGAGAUCUGCCUCUCAGCACUGUGGACUCUUUAAUCCAGUCAGCCCUCGCUGUUUGGGCCAGAGCCAGCGGCCUGACGUUCGUCCGGUUACACACCAGCAGCGCUGACAUCAGGGUGGAGUUUGUGACCAAUGCCCACGGCGACUUUUAUCCAUUUGACGGCCCCCGAGGGACUCUGGCUCAUGCUUUUGGUCCAGGGUUGGGCGCCGGAGGUGACACACACUUCGAUGAUGACGAGCGAUGGACGGCAGGAGGAGGAUCAGGGUUUGACCUGCUCAUGGUAGCAGCUCAUGAGUUCGGUCACGCGUUGGGCCUCAAGCACUCCAGGAGUCCAGGAUCUGUGAUGUAUCCGACCUACAAAAUGUCCCGUCCUUCCAACUUGCUGUCCAGAGAAGACGAGGCCAACAUCCAAGCACUUUACAGUAACCAGAUUUUACCUGGGUCCACAUGUCCUCAGAUUGUGAGAAACGUUCCCUGGAUGUCCAGACCACUGUUCCCCCGACUCAUGCAGGACAGAUGUGCACCAGACCUGACGUUUGACGCAGUAUCAACCCUCGGAGACGCUACCUUCUUUUUCAGAGACAGAUAUCUUUGGAUAAAACACAACGAGCAGUCUGACAUCAAAGAAGGUCCCAUCAGCAACUUUAUGCCUAAGAUUGAAACUAGGAUUGAUGCUGCCUUCUGGAUACCUCGCAGAUCAGCAGCGUACCUCAUUCAUGGCUCUACGUUCUGGACAGUGAGAGGUUCUGUUAUUAAAGGGAAGCCCAAAGCUCUGAGCUUCUUUGGGUUUCCAGCUUGGGUGCAGAGCGUCGAAGCAGCCGUGCACGUUGUCAGAACGGGCCGUACCCUCUUCUUCAUGCAACACAUUUACUGGAGUUACAAUGAGAACCGGAAGGUGAUGGACUUUGGUUUCCCGAGGUCCAUCAGCGAGGACUUUCCUGGAGUUAACGCCACGAUAAACGCAGCGUUUUAUAAAGAAAAGUUCAUCUACUUCUUUUUGGGACCACACGUCUACAAAUUUGACCUGACCCUCAAACACGUCGUUGGAGUUGAGUCGUCCAGGUCCUGGCUCAGCUGCUGA